AUGGAAAUUGCCUGGAUAGACAGCCGGCUACAGUGGGAUGCUGAAGAGUUCGGCAACAUCACUGUGCUGCGCCUGCCCUCCGACAUGGUGUGGCUGCCGGAGAUUGUGCUGGAGAACAAAUGGUCCCCACCCCACAGCAAUGACGGCUCCUUCCAGCUUUCCUUCGCCUGCAAUGUGCUCGUUUAUAACUCGGGCUCUGUGACCUGGCUGCCACCAUCCAUCUUCCGUUCCUCCUGCCCCAUCUCGGUCACCUACUUUCCUUUUGAUUGGCAGAACUGCUCCCUCAAAUUCAGUUCACUCAAGUACACAGCCAAGGAGAUCAGACUUAGCCUGAAGCAGGAGGAGGAAGAAGAUGGCCGCAUCUACCCCAUCGAAUGGAUUAUCAUUGACCCUGAGGGUUUCACAGAGAACGGUGAAUGGGAGAUAGUCCACCGGGCAGCUAAGGUCAAUGUGGACCCCAGUGUCCCGAUGGACAGCACCAACCACCAAGACAUCACCUUCUACCUCAUCAUCCGCCGCAAGCCUCUCUUCUACAUCAUCAACAUCCUGGUACCCUGUGUGCUCAUCUCCUUCAUGAUCAACCUGGUCUUCUACCUGCCAGGCGACUGUGGAGAGAAGACAUCAGUGGCCAUCUCGGUGCUCCUGGCCCAAUCUGUCUUCCUGUUGCUUAUCUCCAAGAGGCUGCCUGCCACAUCCAUGGCCAUCCCCCUGGUAGGCAAGUUCCUGCUCUUCGGUAUGGUGCUGGUCACCAUGGUUGUAGUGAUCUGUGUCAUCGUGCUCAACAUCCACUUCCGAACACCCAGCACCCAUGUGCUGUCCGAGGGAGUCAAGAAGUUCUUCCUGGAGAUCCUGCCCAAGCUCCUGCACAUGUCCCACCCAGCAGAGGACGACCCUGGCCCCAGGACUGCCAUCCGGAGAAGCAGCUCCCUGGGGUACAUCUCCAAGGCCGAGGAGUACUUCUCCCUUAAGUCCCGCAGUGACCUCAUGUUUGAGAAGCAGUCAGAGCGCCAUGGGCUGGCCCGGCGCCUCACCACAGCCCGCAGGCCCCCAGCAAGCUCUGAGCAGGCACAGCAGGAGCUCUUCAGCGAGUUGAAGCCAGCUGUGGAUGGGGCAAACUUCAUCGUCAACCACAUGAGGAACCAAAACAGUUACAAUGAGGAGAAGGACAACUGGAACCAGGUGGCCCGCACACUGGACCGUCUCUGCCUGUUUGUGGUGACACCCGUGAUGGUGGUGGGCACAGCCUGGAUCUUCCUGCAGGGUGUCUACAACCAGCCCCCACCCCAGCCUUUCCCCGGGGACCCCUUCUCCUAUGAUGAGCAGGACAGGCGCUUCAUCUAGAGCGAGCAUGAGUGGGCAGCCAGGAAGACAGUAGUCUGAGAUCAGCAGUUAGUUCCUGGCCGUGAGCUUGGGCCUAACUGAUGCCGUGUGCUGGGCUGAGGUCAUGGUAGAGAGAGGGCCCCUCCCAGGAGCAAUUCCUUUCCAAAUAAAGGAGGGGGAACUUGAGAUGGGCUGAGAGUGGACAUGGUGGGAGGGAGGCCCCAGGGAUGGGGGAGAGGCAAGGGGCUUGCUCAGGGGCCAGGGAGCUGACACUGGACUAGCUUCUUGGGAAGAGCACAGGAAGGUCCUUCAGCCUGAGCCGCUUCUCCGCCUUGCUCCCUUCCGGGGCAGGUCAGAACUGAGCUUCCUGUUUCUGUGCCUUCCUGCCCCACCUGCUCCUCAAACUCAGGCUCCCAGUGCCCACCCGGGGCUGAAAGGGGGGACCCCGUCUCCAGUCCCCAGGGGAAGGAGGUUGUAUAUAGUGAGGGACUGUCCUGAGUGUCAUCUGCCAGCCCUUGAUUCUUUGGUCUUUCUAUCUGGGUCCUUCUGAGAAGCUGGGGACUGGUGUGGGAGGGUCAUGCUUGGCAUCAGUUAAGGCCCCAUCAGCCUGAGUCACACAUAUCUUAGAGCACCAGGCCCCAGCUCCCCUAAGGCAUCCCUUCCUCCUUGU